AUGAGUCCGAAUAAGACUACUUCAGUAUAUUCUCGGCUAUUUGAUCCUCUUCAUAAUAAAGAUCAAUUGUAUUACCGUAGUAUAUUCAUAAAUCCAAUACAUGAACAUGCUCUUGAAUCGAUUUUAAUCGCAAAUUCUGAAUCAAUUGAUACCUCUACACAACUUGAAGUGAAGAAUGUGGCAGUAUUACAGGAGCUAUUUGCACAUGCAGUAGAAAUGCUCGUGGAAGCCACCAUGUACCCUUUACCAGUUGAGCAAUUCACUCCAGUCCCAGCAACUUCACCUCGUAAGAGUAUUGGUAAAAGACACUCCAUAACCCCACUUGAUGAUAUAGGUGAAGAUAUCACAUCUUUGAAUGGAUCUACAAAAUCUAAUUUUGGCUCAAUCCCAGCAAGUGCAGCAUCUUCUUUAGUUGAUUUAGAUGAAGAAGAUGAUAUUACUAUGUUACACGGAAGUACUCCAAAAAGUACCAGAAGCAGGUCAGGAAGUAUUCUGAGUCUGUUGACAUCAGGAUCAAAAUCCAAGGCAGCAAUCUUAAAUGCUACCCAGAAACUGGAUUCAAGCAAGCUAAAACAGAAAAGGACUCAGUUAGAAAGUAUAGAUGAUAUACUUCGUACUGAAUUAAUUAUAAAUAUUCUAAAGGUUUUACAUAUAUGGUUCCGAAAUGUGAAUAACACAAAUACAGUUAUUCGUAAAACAAAGGCGAAUCUUGGAGUAUCUGGUGCCACUGAUGUACUUGUCAGUAUGUUUGGAGAUUCCAAUGCCACCACUCUGUCAUUGGACAUAUCAACACUCGAAACUCUUUUAAAAGUCCUUAAAUGGUACCUUUCACAGAAUAUCACUAAUACUUUGUCAAUUAAAGAGGUGAUUAGUUUAUUAUAUCAAAUUGUUAAAACAUUGUACAAGUCAGCAUCCAAUAACAACCUUGGGAAAGAGUCGUUAAUUCGAAGUCUCUUCUUGACAAUUUAUAAGGUUGAUUUCGCUCCUGAAUUGAGUUCAAUUCUUGACGUGGCAUCUUCAGUAACAGAAGAUAUUCCAGGAUCAGUGAAAAAUGAGCGAGAAAUUUCACUAUCCCUCUCGUGUGAACUGUUUAUGGAAAUCCAAUGUAUAAUUGGUAUUUUGAUCAAAGUACCUCCAAGUUCAAUUUCAUACAAAUCUUCAUCAUUAUCAGCAGAUAUAACUACCAAUGAAUUUACUAACAGUGUUGAACACUUGUUUAAUAGUAAAAAAUAUUCUAAGCAAGACAUUUAUCAACAAGUAUUUGCCAAAAUCAUCCCUAUUCUUGCAGUCAACUUUAAUUAUCUAUAUGAUUCCAAGCAAGAUUUGUUAUUGCAUGAUAUAACCAACACUUCAUUCAUAAGUUGGAUCGCAGGAAGUUUGUGGACUUCUGGCUAUCCAAGUUAUGAAACAACCAACAAUGUCACCAAUUUAAACAAUAACAAGAUUCAAUUUAAAGAAAGUGAUCAUUUUAUUAGAGGAGUAUCUUACUUUUUCACCACCAGAGAAAAAAUUUGGAAACAAAAUGAAAAUACUAAUGGUCCAUUUGAAUCGGUAGAAACUCCCGAUUUACUUCCAAUAUCACUUUUUAUGUAUUCUCAAUCUAAAAAUGAAUAUUUCUUGGAAUAUUUAACGGAGAAAUAUCAUCCAUUGGUGGAAUACGAUCAACAUAUUGAGGUAUUCGAUAUUUGGUUAGCAUCAUUAUCUUAUGUGUUCACCAAUCAACACCGAUCUCCCAUCAUGCAUUCUAUUACAAGAGUUGCCCUUUUGCUUUUGCUAAGACUUACUUCCAAGAAUUCAAUAGUUCGUGGUGUUAGACUUGUCGAAAAAUUGAACAAAUAUCAAAUCAAUGAAUUCAAAUGGAAAGUAUGUCACCAGAGGAACCCAAUACUCCCUACCAGUAGUGAAAAGGGUUAUAAAUCUAGUUUAUAUUAUAUUCUUGAUAUACUUCAAAUCUUGAUUCGAUUCAAUUUAACCAAAAAAUUGGAUGUUGCAAGUUAUAGAUUAACAUUUUCAAUUAUUCGUCAAAUAGUUGAUGAAUUUACAAUUGAAGACAUAAAAUUGGAUGAUUCAUUUUCUUGGAAUGAAUUUUCCAAAACUAUAUUUGGAUUUCUUCUCUUUACUUGGAAACAAAAACUUAUUCUGGUUGAGAAGAGAGGUGUUGAAGUGAAACAUUUAGUUGAAGAAACAUUGUUUAUUAUUGAUGAAAUUCUUGCGGAAAGGUUCCUUAAACAAAAUGUCAAUAUAAGUUAUGACUUAGUGUACAGUGUCUUAUUACAUCGCGACUGUUUACAGGGAUUAAUAGGUGAUUGUCAUCUCGAUUUGUCAAGGUUUAAAAAUUUGCAAAGGUGUAUUGAGUAUUUAGAAGAAAAAUUGGGAUCUGACCGAAGAACAAUUGAUAUAGAAUAUGGAACAUCUGAAUUCACUCAAAUUGUUAAAGGUUUCCAAUCGAUGAAGGUCAAAACAAUAGAGGAACCAAAAAAUAAACCUGAAAACGAAAUUAUUUUCAAAAACAUUCAUAAACCACUCUACGUUGACGUGGAAGGUACUCUGGAAAUGGUACGUAUUGUUGAUGCUACUUUACUGAUAUCAUGGUAA